AACUGACAUACUAGCAUUUAUUGUUUUUUAUUGCUUCUCUGAGGUGGCUUUUGAAAGAGACUCAAGUGACACAUGUUUGAGAAGGGUUUAAAAGUUGGACAUUGCUGGAUGAGGCAUUAUUCGUCUGGUGAGGAGCGGAAGAUUGGUACUUCUGUGGAUGCGUGUGACCAUUUGGGCACCAAAUCCAGCAAUGAAUAAUUCAACAGGCUGUUCGGCCAGUGCCACAGUUUGCAAUGGGUCGUCCUGUGUGCUGACUGAGAGCAAUUUCAAUAACAUCCUCAGCGUGGUCCUGAGCACUGUCUUGACCAUCCUCUUGGCCAUGGUGAUGUUCUCCAUGGGAUGCAAUGUGGAAAUCAAGAAAUUCCUAGGACACGUAAAGCGGCCGUGGGGCAUAUGCGUUGGCUUCCUCUGUCAGUUUGGAAUCAUGCCCCUCACGGGAUUCAUCCUGUCAGUGGCCUUUGACAUCCUUCCUGUCCAAGCUGUAGUGGUACUCAUCAUGGGAUGUUGUCCCGGAGGAACCGCCUCCAAUAUCUUGGCCUACUGGGUCGAUGGCGACAUGGACUUGAGCAUCAGUAUGACCACAUGCUCCACGCUGCUUGCCCUGGGAAUGAUGCCGCUGUGCCUCUUUAUCUAUACCAAAAUGUGGGUCGACUCUGGGACCAUCAUAAUUCCCUUUGAUAACAUAGGUACGUCUUUGGUCGCUCUUGUUGUUCCUGUUUCCAUUGGAAUAUUUGUUAACCACAAAUGGCCCCACAAAGCCAAGAUCAUUCUUAAGAUCGGGUCCAUCACAGGUGCAAUCCUUAUCGUGCUCAUAGCUGUCGUUGGAGGAAUUCUAUACCAGAGCGCCUGGAUCAUCGCUCCCAAACUGUGGAUCAUAGGGAUGUUAUUUCCUUUGGCUGGUUACUCCCUAGGGUUUUUACUGGCUAGAAUAGCCGGUCAGUCCUGGCACAGGUGCCGAACAGUUGCUUUGGAAACGGGGAUGCAGAACACUCAGCUGUGCUCCACUAUCGUGCAGCUCUCCUUCACCCAGGAGGAGCUCAACGUCGUGUUCACUUUCCCGCUCAUCUACAGCAUUUUCCAGCUCGCCUUUGCGGGAAUCUUCCUAGGCAUUUAUGUGGCAUACAAGAAAUGUCAUGGAAAGAACGACAUGGAAUUUCCAGAGAGCAAAGACAUCGAAACAGUCUCUGGGUCAUCGUUCUCAAAGGUGAACGGAGGAUUUCAGCCAGAUAACAAGUAGAUACCAAGUGGACGAAAAAGAAUUCUAAAGUACACGUUCUGCGAUAACAGUAUCUGUUUGUUUUUGUUGGGAUACUUGGCAGGAAAGGGUUAAGGUGAAAAUUUAAAUUCCAAUUGAAUCCAUAUAUUGGUUUUGGUACCAAGUGACUGGUGGCCCAAAUCCUUAAUGUGACAAAUAUUUAUAUGUAUAUAUGUACUGUCUUUGAAAUAUGCCCGAGAAAUGUCCUCAGACCACAGACUAUACCUGACACUGGUAACACUGAGAACCUCAUAACUCCUAAACCGGAUUCUUACUCAGAAUCUCAAAACGCAGAGAUGAGCACCUGACUUUAUGUAUCUUAAGAUAGAUGCAACGAAUUAUUAUUAUUAUAAAGUGAUCAAGAUUUUCUUCAGUAUUUAUGAUUGUAAGAAGAUUGAAAUGAACAUCUUCCACUGACAUGUUAAUUAUUAUUUUGAAAAUGUUGCAACCUAUUUAUUUAUAUAACUUUAUCAUGUAACAUGGACAAGUAGCUGACUUCCUGCAUUUAAAAAAAAAAUUAGCCUUCUCCAGUGACAGUCCAAGGGCAAAAAUAAGAGAAAAGAGUUACUAAACAGAAAUCAAUCGUCAAAUUAGGAGUCCAUAAUGCAUCAGCGAUGUUAUACAUUGGUUGCUCUGCCUCAGGAGUCCAACAAUGCCACUAGAUUUCUUUUUUUUAGGAAAAACAAUUCUUUCCAAUGGCUUGAAUUUGGCAAAGAGCUCUUCAAGCCCUGGAGAGGGGCUUCCUCAAGGUCUGCCUGCAGGGGGCAGGUCGACGUUGGCUAGCGUGACAGCUAUGGAGCAGGCAGGUUGCAGAAGCAUUGGGAAAAAACACCACUACUCCAGUCGGUGAUUUUAGUUCAAUGGGAGAUCAUGGCGAACGCAAGGAAAAGCACAAAUAAUAAAGACCCACUUGAAAUGCAGGACAUGAGUCAGUUAGAUGUGCACAAGUGAGUAUCGAUAAAAAGAAACAUGAAUGUUUGAGGAAGAAGACAACAUGCCCAGGGCCCAGAAGUAGGAAGGGCGCUGCCAGAUGGGUUCUCUGGAUGCUGUAAGUAAGUGUCACAAGAGGAAGCAGGGAGGAUUUGGUCAAUGUCACCAGGGGUUUAAUGUCAAGGGGGAAAUAACUGGCCGCGUGUUGGGUCUGAUUUAAUUUCUUUUCCUUCAUUCUGCGGCAACAUGGGGGCACAUUCUUAAUUCAGUUCAUGGUGGUUUUGUUCCAUUUUCCAUUUGGAAAUUCUCCCUGCCUCAUAGAUUUCCUUUCAAAUGUUUUGGCUCCAAACGGCCUUUGGCAUUUGGGUGAAGCGAGUUCAGAUCCCGCUGGUGUUCUUCAGCAUCACAAGAACAUGAACGUCAACACUUAGCUUCCGAUAGGGCGUGAGGGAGUCUGCUUUGAACACCGUAACAUGUAUGCCUUUUUAGAUGAGGUUCACAUUUACGACUGGAUAAAGUUCCUAUAUUUUUUUUCAUCAUUAGAUUUAUUAAAAGGGACUACAGCUUUUUAUUAGAGGCCAGUAGGGGAGUGGUGGUAUAGAUUUUCUAUCAAGGAGUGUCAAAGAAUAUGCUUCUGAUGGCGCAGAAGGAAAACUUUGAGUCUGUCUGUUCAGUGCCUCCUACGCUUUCCUCAUCAAACAGAAAACAGGCAGGUGUGCUAAGGCCACUGUGAAUUCAUAUCAGCAUUUCAGCAUGGCCAGACAAGGGUCCAGAAGCCAGCAGCUGCAGCAGGCAGGAUUUUCCUCCCUGCAGAUCCAAAUAUGUGAGACAAAACUUGGCUUUCUUACAUGGUGUGGUAUUGUGUGAGUUGUGCUAGAGGGAAGAAAAAUAGCUGAGCUUUGUAAAAUGACAGCUCUCUAUUUUUAAAUGAGCUUGAAAAGCCUAUUAAAUUAUGUAUUUUAUUGCCUCUGUGAGUAUCAUAUUAAAUGAAUAUUUUAUUUUAAAGGCUUGAAUAAAUGCAAAUAAUUUUUGUAA